AUGGCUUCUGUCGAGACUCUUACUCCUGCUUCAGUUGAGCCUUAUUAUUCUCGUGGUCUACGUGAGAGAUAUCGUGCGGACGCCUUGCAAAAUCUCUCAUUUACCGAGCAGAGUACGAAAUAUGCCGAUAUCACCUAUGAGGUCGACCACGCCAAAUAUCUGGCUCGGUCCGCUAGCCGCUUGACUAGUGAACAACUCACCCAAGAGCUUCCGGCCGGCUUUCCGGAGAAGCUAGAUGGACCCUUGGUUUGGUCUACCAAGGAUCUGGAGUCAAAGGAACACGAAUAUGUAUACAUGAUGACAAGCGAAGACAAGGCUGAAGUUCUUCAGGCCUUGGAGCAUUUUAACAAACAAGGACUCAACGGAGAUGAAGUCAAUCGUGACAACUUUCCACUCGGCAAACUUGCUGAAACACUCAGAUCUGUGGCCGAGAAGAUCUAUGACGGUCACGGCUUCAUGAUCAUCCGUGGCUUGGACCCAGACACCUUUUCGCACGAAGACUACACAGUCGUGUAUCUUGGCAUCACUAGCCACAUCGCAGAGAGGCGUGGCAAGCAAGACCAAAGAGGGUCCAUGUUGAUGCAUGUCAUGAAACGUGACUACGUCGAAGAACCGAACCGUGACGAUCCUUUCCACACAGAUACUGUGUGUGAUGUCCUCUGUCUUGUGACCCGUAGCUGUUCGGCAUACGGAGGCAAGAGCGUCCUUGCGUCAGCAUGGACAGUGUACAAUGAGUUGGCAGCCACCAGACCAGACUUGAUCCAAGUCCUGGCCAAGCCAGACUGGCCUUUCGACACAUACGGUAGAAGCCCUCCCUACUAUAAGAGGGCACUGUUGUACUUUCAAGAUGGCCGGAUGAUCUUGAAUUACUCUCGCCGCCUCUUGGUCGGACAUCCCCCUCGUGAGAAGCGCACUGAAGGCAUCCCGGGCCUCACCGAAGCACAAGCAGAAGCUUUGGACGCUCUCCAUUUCGUCGCUUGUAAGCAUGAGGUCAGACCUCGUAUGGAGGUUGGCGAUAUUCGACUCGUCAACAACAUGGGUGUCCUCCACAGAAGAGAAGCUUUCGUUGAUGAUCCGAAGGCUACUCGCCAUCUCAUCAGAGUUUGGCUGCACAACGAGGAGUUGUGUUGGAAGCUACCUACUCCCCUACGUUUAGCUUGGGCUAGAGUCUUCGAAGACCAUGAGCGUGGCGAGAGCUGGGACAUUGAGCCACCAAGAAAGGAUGGUAAGCUCCUUAGAGUGGCUGGCUCGUGCGAUUGAUGAACAGAUGAGCAUGUCUGGGAGUUGUUGAAGUUUACGGCCGAGUCUCUUUUCUACAUGUUCACGAUCCUGCUUUGUCUCGCGUCACGGCCGUACAUAUGGUUUUGUUCUCCUUUGUAAAUUGGGGUUGCAAUUAAUCCAUCCCCAAGAUUGAAUCACACACGACUGGAUUAGGCGAGAUUCUCAUGAUGUGCCAGCAGCUUUCCAGUCGGUUUCGAAGAGCUGAGCGACCCAGUAGAGAUCGUUGCGUACUUCUCUCCGACUCCUCACCUCGCGAAGAU